AUGUCGACCGCAACAGCAAAUAAGCCACCUGCGGGUACACCUCGUCGCGAAGUCAACGCCCGAACUGCUGCAGCUUCCCCAGCAGCUUCGAGCCGCACACCUGCCCGCUCCUCGACGCCGACCUCAUCAGGAGCCACAGGCGUGGCACGAACACGCUCAGUUCGCGGCGGUACUAAUGGCGCACCAGUGUCAGCGCGCGCGGCUGUCAAGAAGCCCGCCACCGCCUCCAACCUGAGUAACGCAUCACCGGCUGAUGCUGUCGAUGAAGACGCCCGAGAAGAACAAUCUGCACUGCUUCAAGAACUCAAGGAACGACUGCAAAAGGCAGAAGCCGCAGCUGAGGAGCGCCAGAAGCAGGUCGAGGUUCUGAAUGCUCGGCUAGACGACGCGCUGACCGAACAAGCCAAAUUAGAGGAACGUGCACACGAGGAGGAAGAGAAGGUCGAGGCCUUGGAGAACGAAAAGAAGGAGCUAACACGCCAACACCGCGAGCUCGAAGGCAUUUACGAAGCCGAGCGCGCGCAAGCCAUGAAGGAAAAGGAAGAGAUCCAGUCACGCGAGGAGGAUAUGCAGGGCACCAUUCAGCGGCUCAAGGAAACAAUGGCCUCGAAGCACAUGCCCAACGGCGAGCCUGAAGACGAACAUCAGUUGAAGCGAUCAUCAAGCUUUCGCAACAACCCCUCCCGCAGCAACUCGUCGCAGAACCUCGAGAAUGUUGCCUCGUUCGCACCACCCAAUUCCGUGCAGCGCAGCAAUUCACGCAACAACUCCAAGCUUAUCCACCAAAAGGACAAGAUCAUCGAAGACCUGCGCCUAGAGCUUGCUGAAUACCAGGUCAAGGUACUAGAAGUCGAGAAUGCGGGUGGCGGGCGCAUGCGCGAGCUAGAGAAGCAGCUACUCGAGACACGUAUGACCAAUGCGCGACUGAUGGAGGACAACGAGAGCUUCCAGCUUUUGUUGGGCGAGAAGACGCUCAACGGCGACUUGAGCCGUGGCGAAUUUCUGCGCGACACUGCUAAUGCCGAAGACCGUUUACCAUCUCGUAACGGCCCGUCCACGAGCCUUGCUGACGAGCUUCAGUCCGCCGAGGAGGGCGACGCUGAAGUCGUGCGCAAGCUCGAGGCUGAACUGAACAGCAUGAAGGCUCAGAACCAAGCCCUCACCCUCUACAUCAACAAGAUCAUCGGCCGUCUGCUCACACAUCAGGGCUUUGAAUCCGUGCUUGGCAACGACAUCGAGAGCGAGCAUGGUGCUCCCGAUAAGAACAAAGAGUUGCCACCACCUCCCCAGGACAGCGAGCAGCCACAGGGUUUCCUGCAGCGCGCCAAGUCCGUCGCCAUGGGUGGGAAUCGCAAGCCGCGUCCUCUCAGCGCCAUGGGCCCACCACCCAUGGCAAGCCCACCGCAGCCGAGCGCUCACGAAGAUCCUUCGACUGCGCCAAGCAUCCCUCUUACCCGCUCAACUUCCGGGCGUCACCCUAGCGGUAACCAUCACCGUCGCUCCACCUCCGAGGUGCCCAACGCUGCAAGCGUUGUCAACAACAUGUACCGUCCUUCCCCGACAGGUACUCCCAACCCGGCCUCCUCCCCGGGUCUCGUUUCGCCACGCAACUCCUUCUUUGGCCUUCCCGUCAACAGCGCCAAUGGGCCCACCAACCCUGUGUCAAGAGUACCUUCUGGCGCAGGUCCCAUCCCAGAGGACAAGGAGGUUGACGCUAGGACUGAGUCUUCGUCUGCUAGCCACGUUGACACACCCAGCCCGCCUCGCCAGCUGACCCGUAGCGAUACCAGCACCGGUGUCAUGACCGGCAAGGGCAUGCGCCCAUUGCGCCUAGUGCAGAACGAGGAAGAAGCCAUGAAGGCUCGCAAGGCAGCCAACCGCGGCAGCUGGUUCGGCGGUCUCUUCGGCCAGGCACCGCCGUCCGCUCAGCAGGAAAACACACAGUAG